AUGGUCCGGGCGCGGCGGCGGCAGGACUCGCGUGGCGCCGGCGGCAGCUCGGCCCGCCUCUGCGCCCUGCACGCGCGUCCCUGUCCCCGGGCCCGGCAGCCGCUCCCUUUUAACUGGGGGAGGGGGCCAUUGUUCUCGCCUCCCGCUUCCUCCGGAGCCAAUCAGCGCGCCCGCAGCUCCUCCACCCGGUCGGGUGGGAGGGCGACGCGGCGGCCAAAAGGGGCCCGGGACUCGGGGGUCGCCCGCUCCCGGAGGCUCGGGGAUUGGCAUCGUUGGAACGGUCCGGUCCAGGCCACUCGGAACCUCCGCGUCGCCCAGGGCUGGGGUGAUUCGAGUGGCGUUGGCCAAAGCCCGAAACGCGCGGCCAGCCGCGUGCGCCCUAGUGAAGUUGGUUUCCGCUCUUCUUGCGCGGCCUCAUGCAUUUUCAUUCGGAGCGGGCAUUUUGUCUGCUGGUUGACAUCAGAUGCUAAAUCAAGGGCUCCAAUCAAGGCGCAGCGGAAUAAAGGGGCCGCCUGUCUGGACGCGGGGCCCCCCGGAGCCGUGCCCCCUUCACCUUUGUGA